AUGGACCUCACGGCGCCCUCAGCAGACGUCAAGCUGGAGACCGGAGAAGGAAAGAGGGGCAAGAAGGCCGAGGAGGAGGAGCAGCCUGCAGCACCUCCUGCAGCUGCUGCAGCAGCAGUGAAGGAGGAAGAGGAGGAGGAGUAUGUGGUGGAGAAGGUUUUGGACCGCAGAGUGGUGAAGGGAAGAGUAGAGUUUCUGCUGAAAUGGAAUGGGUUCUCAGAUGAGGAUAACACAUGGGAGCCACAAGACAACCUGGAUCUUGACCUUAUCACCGAGUACAUGCAGAAACACAAGAAGAAGGAGGGCAAGAGGAGAGUUGUCAGUGAGGCCUCGGGAGACUCAGAGGAGCGAGGGAGCAAGAGGAAGAAGGAGGAGAAACGGAGAGGAGGAGAGGGACCCAAACAUCACCACUGUCAACACUGUGACAAAUCUUUCACAACAUCUGGAUAUUUAAAGAUUCAUCAGAGAGUUCACUCUGGAGACAAUCUACACAGCUGUGAUCAAUGUGGGGCAGCUUUCACACAACAGGUUAACCUAAAAAUACAUCAACGCAUUCACACUGAAGAAAAGCCUUACAGCUGUGAUCUAUGUGGUAGAACCUUUUCUAGGAGUGAUAACCUUAAAUCUCACCAGCGUGUUCACACUGGAGAGAAGCCUUUCAGCUGUGAUCUAUGUGGGAAAACAUUUUCUCAUAGUGGUAACCUAGAAUUUCACCAACAUGUUCACUGUGGAGAGAAGCCGUACUGGUGUGAACAAUGUGGGAAAACUUUUUCUCGGAGUAGUGACUUUAAAAAACAUCAACGCAUUCACACUGGAGAGAAGCCGUACAGCUGUGAUCUAUGUGGUAAAACCUUUUCUCAGAGCAGUAGCCUUAAAUCUCACCAGCGUGUUCACACUGGAGAGAAGCCGUACUGGUGUGAACAAUGUGGGGAAACUUUUUCUGAUAAUGGGGCCCUUAAAAAACAUCAACGCAUUCACACUGGAGAGAAGCCUUACAGCUGUGAUCUAUGUUGUAAAACUUUUUCUCAUAGUAGUAACCUUAAAUCUCACCGACGUGUUCACACUGGAGAGAAGCCGUACUGGUGUGAACAAUGUGGGGAAACAUUUUCUCAGAGUAGUCACCUUAAAAAACACCAGCUCAUUCACACUGCCUCGUUGUGAACAUGUUUCCGAGCCAAGCUGUUUCCUCCUGCCUCCUCCUCAUGCCCUGAUAGCUGUGUUGUUAUUUUCUGAUCUUCUCUCCACAUUGAAGGCUGACCAGCAGUAACUUUAUCUUCUGAACAGCAUGGAUGUUAUCCUGGCUAGGACUACACAUUACACUCCCUCCCUUUGAAGGGGUUUAUUCCACUCAAAAUUAGUUUGUAAUAUAAUAUUCUGAUUUCAGGGUUCAACUGCUUGUGCUUUUUAACUAAUGCUGCAACAAAGAAGUAUUUGUUGUUCUUAAUUAAUCACCUUGUAAAUACCAUUUACAAAAAUCCCCAUCACUGUUUACUAAGGUGAUGUCAAGCUGCUUAAAUAUUCAGUUUAUUGUCACUUAAGACGACAAAGCAAACCUUCAUAACUGACCAGCUUUAAUCAGAACAUGGCUGCUGCUGCUGCUGCUGCUUAAAAAAUGACUUGAACAGUUAAUGUGUUUAAACUGUGUCUGUGCCGCCGCCAUCUUGGGACAGACAACUGAUCUUAAAGACUCAGAAAAAGAUAGUUGUACUGCUUUUGGAUGUUCAUGUGAAAGAAAUGCUAAACUAAGCAACAUGGAAUAACAUUUCACGGAUGAAAAAUGUGUUUUACAAUAUUAUACUAUUAAUAAAGUGUUGAAUUUAGUAUCACAAAAGGUAACAUUAAUCCUUCUUUUAAGCUAACAGUAAGUUAAGUGACUGUCCUGAUACUGAAUUGAGCUAAUGCUAGCUUGUGUCAGGUUAUGUAUGUUUUA